AUGGACCAGUACAGCCUUGGGGACGAGGGUGCCCUUCCUCCAGAGAUGCAUCUCCCUUCGUUUUCCGAGAGCCAGGGACUCAAUUGCAGCGACACCCUCAACCGGGAUCUGGGUCCCAGCACACGUGACCUGCUCUAUGCUGGCCUGAGUGGUUUGGACCUGGACUCCAGCCUCCCCACGCCUGACAUGCCCAGUGAGGCACUGGAGGACAACUUAGAUACCCUGUCCCUGUACUCCGGGAAGGACAGUGACUCCAUGAAGCUGCUGGAGGAGUAUGCAGAUCCGGAAUCUCAGGCUUCCUUACAAGACCUGGGCCUUGGCGUGCUCAAGAUGACUAAGGAGGCUGAUGAAGGAGGCAGGGCUACCUGUGGGAGUACCAGGAAAGGCAAGCGGCAGCACACUUCCCCCCAGAACCCGCUUCUGGACUGCAGCCUCUGUGGGAAGGUGUUCAGCAGCGCCAGCUCCCUUAGCAAGCACUACCUGACGCACAGCCAGGAAAGGAAGCACGUUUGCAAAAUCUGCAGCAAGGCCUUCAAGCGCCAGGACCACCUGACCGGGCACAUGCUCACCCACCAGAAGACCAAGCCCUUCGUGUGCAUCGAGCAGGGCUGCAGCAAGAGCUACUGUGACUACCGCUCCCUACGUCGGCACUACGAGGUCCAGCAUGGUCUGUGUAUCCUGAAAGAAGCCCCCCCGGAAGAGGAAGCCUGCGGGGACUCCCCCCACACCCACGAGGGGGCCAGCCAGCCUGCACCCGCUGGCCUGCGAUCUCUGGUGCCCCCAGAAGCCAGGUCCCCCAGCUCCCUCUUGCCCAACCGAGACCUCCUGCGCUGUAUUGUGAGCAGCAUUGUCCACCAGAAGAUCCCUUCUCCCGGCCCGGCCGCCGCGGGGCCCUCAGAUGGCAGUGAGGGGAGGAACACAGCCUGUCCCUGCGCACCCUCUUCCGGGCCCUCCUCCUGCACCCCAGGAGGCAUCCCAGUGGCCCCUGGAAACCUGGGCUUUGACGUUCCGGAAGAGCCUCGUCCCCCAAGGAAGGAGCCUGCUGCAGCCAUGUUCACAUCAAGAGCAGUGGAGAAUGGGGGCACUGACCUGGCCGAGUCUGAGCCCCCUCUGCUCCCAGUGCCGCCCACCCUGGAUGGGUGGCCUGAGGGUGGCCCCCUACCUGCCUGCCUGCCUCUGUUCCGAGGCCAGACUGUCCCCACCAGUUCCCAGCCAGCCAGCCACAACUUCCAGUGGCUCCGGAACCUGCCCGGCUGCCCCAAGAACAAAGGGAACAAUGUGUUCAUGGUCCACAAGCCUCCGUCAGUGCCGUCCCGGGAGGGCUGCGAGUCAGCCCCUGGCCCCAGCAGCACCUCCCCCGUGGGGGAGCCCUUGCCCAACUCAGGCCCCAGUCUGGAGGACGCGUUGCCCUUCCCUGCCACGCUCCUGAAGGCACCUGGGGAGGCUUCAGGAGACCCCAGAUAUGUUGGCGGAGAAGACAACUCCUGGGUUUCCAAGAAGAGCAAGUUUGACUGUGACUCCUUCUUGCGGCAGAACCCCGGGGAGCCCAGCCUCCCAGAAGCCCAGAAGCCCAGUGGGCUCCCAUCGGAUGCCACUCCACUCUUCCGGCAGCUGUUCCUGAAGUCCCAGGAGUCUCUGGUGAGCCACGAGCAGAUGCAGGUGUUCCAAAUGAUUGCCAAGUCCCAGCGGAUCUUCUCCCAGCUGCCGGGGCCCGAGGGCAAGCAGGCUACCCUGAAGCCACUGCCGGGGCCGUGGCCGCAGCAGCCCCCACCACCAGCAACUCCUAUUGACUCUCUCCAUGCUGGCCCUGGAAACCCGGAGCCAGAGGGGUCCCCAGGCCGCAGGAAGAAAACCACACCCGGGUUCCCCAGAGAGGCCUCUCCAGGCGGCACCAGACGGGACACCAAGGGAGGACCAAAAGUGGCCACUGCUCCGCUGCCCCUCACAGCGGCAUCAUUGGACCCUCCUGGGAAUCCAGACAUCUCCUCUCUGGCCAAGCAGCUGAGAUCCACUAAAGGGACCUUGGACUUGGGGGACAUCUUCUCCCCCGGGGGCCCCCGGCAGACCCAGUUAGGUGGGGAGGAGACCCUCGGAGCCCUGCUCCCUGGGAAGCAGGCCCAGGCGGAGAAUGGCCCGGCUUUGGGGGCCGGGAAAGGCGAAAAGAGCCAGGCCUGCACCCGGGGCGGAGGCUACAGGCUCUUCUCCGGCAACCCUAGGUCCCAGCGCUUCUCAGGCUUCAGGAAGGAGAAGGUGAAAAUGGAUAUGUGCUGCACGGCCUCCCCAAGCCAGGUAGCCAUGGCCUCCUUCUCAUCAGCUGGACCACCAGCAGAGCCACCCCAGGACUCCAAGUCCAAGCUGACCAUAUUCAACAGAAUCCAGGGUGGAAAUAUCUACCGGCUCCCCCAUCCGCUGAAGGAGGAGAAUGUGGCAGGUGGAUGUAACCAGCAAAAUGGGGGCCCCGCAGACUGGGCAGAGCCAAGGAGCACUUAUGUCUGCAAGAAUUGCAGCCAGAUGUUUUAUACAGAGAAAGGGCUGAGCAGCCACAUGUGUUUUCACAGCGACCAGUGGCCAUCACCUCGAGGGAAGCAGGAGCAGCAGGUGUUUGGCACGGAGUUUUGCAAGCCACUGAGACAGGUGCUGAGGCCAGAGGGGGACGGGCAGACUCCCCCAGGGGCUAAGAAGUCCUUGGACAACACAGCUGCAGCCCCUUUGGCGAUCCCUGUGUCUGCGCCUGUAGCUCCAGCAACCCGACCCAUUGGGAGCGCUGCCAAGGGACAAGAGAAGGAUGGGGAAGACAGAGACAGCAAGGAGAGCAGCCAACACAGGAAGCGGAAGAAGCGCCCCCAGCCCAAGUCACUGUCCAUCCCUCCCGCACCCUCUUCGUUAGGGGAGCUGGGCCUGGGAGGAUGCCACCAGAGCUGUCUGAGGUCCCCAGUGUUCCUGGUGGACCGCCUCCUGAAGGGGUUGUUCCAGUGCUCUCCUUAUACACCACCCCCCAUGCUCAGCCCCAUCCGCGAGGGCUCUGGGCUGUACUUCAACACCCUCUGUUCCACCUCCGUUCACGCCGGGCCCGACAAACUCAUCAGCAACAUGCUUGAUCAAGUGGAUGGCUCUUUUGGCAUUUGCAUGGUAAAGGAUGACACCAAGAUCAGCAUUGAACCACACAUCAACAUAGGAAGCCGGUUUCAAGCUGAGAUCCCAGAGCUUCAGGAGAGAUCGCUGGCUGGAAUGGAUGAGCAUGUAGCUUCUCUGGUCUGGAAGCCAUGGGGAGAUGUGACAACCAACCCAGAAACACAGGACAGAGUGACCGAGCUGUGCAACGUGGCCUGCUCCAGCGUGAUGCCAGGAGGGGGCACCAAUCUGGAGCUUGCUCUGCACUGCUUGCACGAAGCCCAGGGCAAUGUUCAGGUUGCCCUGGAGACCCUCUUACUCAGAGGACCCCAGAAGCCACAGACUCACCCACUGGCCGACUACCGCUACACAGGUUCAGACAUCUGGACCCCCAUGGAGAAGAGGCUUUUUAAGAAGGCGUUCUGUGCCCACAAGAAGGACUUUUACUUGAUACACAAGACGAUUCAGACAAAGACUGUAGCCCAGUGUGUUGAGUAUUAUUACAUCUGGAAAAAAAUGAUCAAGUUUGACUGUGGCCGAGCCCCAGGACUGGAAAAGAGGGUCAAGAGAGAGCCAGAUGAGGCAGACAAGACAGAAGCAAAGGUCACUUGCAGCCCUCGGGAGAGACCCAGCCACCGUCCCACUCCUGAGUUCAAGAUAAAGACCAAGAGUUACAGGAGGGAGUCCAUUCUCAACUCCAGCCCAAAUGCUGGUCCCAAGCGGACCCCUGAGCCACCAGGCAGUGUGGAGGGCCAGGGUGUCUUCCCCUGCAGAGAGUGUGAGAGGGUGUUCGACAAAAUCAAGAGUCGAAAUGCCCACAUGAAGCGACACCGCCUUCAGGACCAUGUGGAGCCCAUCGUCAGGGUGAAGUGGCCUGUGAAGCCCUUCCAGCUGAAGGAGGAAGAGGAGGAGGAGGAGGAGAUAGGGGCUGACAUCGGCCCCCUGCAGUGGUGAUUGGGUGGGGUGGGGAGCUGGAGCCAGGCAGCAAGUCUGGAUGGGGGCCUCCAGCCCC